AUGCUUAUGAACGCACAACCCCGGGUUGUCUCAACUGGUUUGGAUACCAUUGUGCCAAUCUACAGAGUGGAUUACGCAAAUCGAAGGUUCUUCGCAGUAAUGGACAAUAAUAGCAACGCUUGGGGCGAUUCCCAGCCCGUGACCACCACGGGAGAUGAUACCUGGAACGAACAAAUGGAAGAACUCGGUAGAAGCGAAAGCCAUCCAGCGCACAACUUGUGUGGCGGGUACUUCCAUGAGCAGACUGCCAGUGCAUCAAUCGCUGCGAGACCUAUAAUGGUAGUCAACAAUUACACAACGUUGGUUCAAGGCCAAUCUCCUAUGCUCAAGAUAUACCCAACAACUCAAAACCAACAACAUGAGGUGGACACAUCAAGAGAUAUGACCUAUUUAAGACCACGUUCGGUGCUUCUGGAGCCAUAUCCGCAGUGGAGGGCUUCAUUCGCUCGUGGAAGCAUUUCGGAACUCGCCAACAGUCGUGUUGGCCUGGAUGACGACGUUUGUCAAAGCCAUAACCAGAGGGACAUGGAAGUAUUCCAACCGAUGUCAGCUUCCCUAGAUCCAUCACAUUUUGCUUAUCCAGCCACCAUUUCUUAUUCAUACGAGGAUGGAUAUGCAACCGAUUUAGAUCCUAAUCCAACCAUUGUCGCGCCAUCAAUGCUUAGCCUCGCAUCGGUGGACAGCAUCAACAAGUCGCUGUGGAUGGCUCCAAGGCAGGCUCGCAUCGACGAUCAUCGUAUGUAUGAGCAUCAAGACUACCACGAUGGAUUACCAGCGUUUGGGGUACAGUUUGGCCUAGGUCAACAAUAUAAUGACACUUUGACUGCCAUCGAUGACAUCGGUGAGUUGACACAUGGCAGCAGCGUCGAAGAUAUGUCACCAAGCACGAUAUCACCCAAACUGCUGACGCUACGUUCCUCCAACGCAACACUUUCCUCGUCCGAAUUCCACGACGAAAGAGAAGGGGUUCAAACAGAAUCGGACGCUACUAGCACCGAGGAUGGGUCAUUAUAUUCUGGAUCUGACCCAGAAUGCUCGGAAGUCGUGCAGAAACUACAACCCACGCGUGUCCGACGGAAACUUCCCAGCACAGCGUCAAAGGUGGGUAGAAUCAAGCCUGACACAGUUUUGGACAAUAAUGAACGACUUCCGGCAACCACAUCUGGGAGAAAGCCGCUACCCAAGUCUCGAUUGACAAAACGAAAUCUCUCGAAACAAAUUUCUGCAAAUCGCUCAAAACCAUCAACCGACAAAGCUUCCAAAGACAGCCCGAAGUCAAGUGCUCACCUCCAAAAGCACCCAAAGCAAAUUGAACCAAAGCCAAUCUCGUCGGACAUGCAAGAGGUUCCGUGUAUUCAGUCAUAUACCCAGACGGACACUCGUCAAAAUCCUAAGGACGAUUUUUUGGUGAGAUCGAAAUUGGCCGGCAUGUCGUAUAAAGAUAUACGACGAAAGGGGAAAUUUACGGAAGCCGAAUCCACAUUGAGGGGACGUUUCCGCACUUUGACAAAGCACAAAAACGCUCGAGUUAGGAAACCCGAAUGGGAUGAAAACGAUGACCGACUUCUGAAGAAGGCGGUCCGAAAGAUGGCGUACGGUUCGGAUGUGGCCCAUUGCAAAGUUCCGUGGAAGCAAGUGGCGGAAUACAUCAGCAAGCACGGAGGCUCCUACCACUUUGGAAACGCAACCUGUCGAAAGCGGUGGGAUGAACUCCAAAAGGCAGCGUGA